UUUCAAUCAACUUUCAAUCGUAAGUAUAGUCCUUUCACCUGCAAUAGAUCUAUGCUUGGGCAUUAUAAGCGUCAUGCGUGGAAUCUGGGCCGCUACGUUCAAGUUUAAUUCUACGAGGCUAGUCGCUCGAGAUCAGUACCAAACAGUUACCGGUCCACCGGACCGCUACGGUUCUCUCAUACCUUAACCCUGUGAUGCUCUUACGAUAAAAAAUGGCCGUUACAAGAGCUAGAGCGUUCAGAUGACCUCCUGCACCACUUUUCGCGGCGCCCAUAAUGAUAAAAGACAUCCCACGGACCGUAGAAAAACAGUGGCCCUAGGUGCACUGGAAGUAUUAAUCCCGCUUCCUUUUUUCCCCGCAUUCCCCCACUACCCCACCCCCACAAUCAACAUGUGGAUUAUGCCAUUGCGAGGGAAAUAUAUGGUGUGGGCCAUAACGGCUUGCUGCUGCCAAGGCUUCCUCCUCCUUGGAUAUGAUCAAGGCGUUAUGAGCGGAAUUAUCGGUGCCGACAACCAGUUCGGACAGGAUUUCAACCGUCCGGAUGCAACAGCCCAAGGAACUAUUGUAGCAAUCUAUGAUAUCGGCUGUGCAGUCGGGAGCUUGGUGGUCUUUUUCUGGGGUGAAUCCGUUGGACGAAAACGAAUGAUCAUGUCAGGUGCUACCAUCAUGCUUAUCGGUACCGCCAUUCUCACGAGCUCGACGACGAGAGCUCAGCUAUAUGUUGGGCGCAUUGUGACCGGCUUCGGUAAUGGCUUUAAUUCUUCUUCAAUUCCGGUGUAUCAAUCAGAAACAUGCGCCGGGCAUAUCCGAGGAGCUUUAGUCUGCUUAAACUCUACGAUUACGAUCGUAGGACUAGUCAUAGCUUACUGGCUGGACUACGGUAUGAGCUUCGUGGAAGGACCAAGUCAAUGGCGUCUACCGAUCGGUUUCCAAGCCGUCUUCGCGCUAUGCCUUCUUCUACAAGCCAUGGUACUUCCCGACUCGCCUAGAUGGCUCAUUGCCCAUGGGUACAAGGAAGAAGGCGCUCGAGUCAUAGCCAUGCUUGAAGAUCGUGAUAGUCCAGACCAUCCUGACGUCGUGAGAGCACAAAGGGAGAUAGAACUGUCUUUGGAGCAGGAGAGCGCUGGAGGACCGUUUAGGUAUAAAGAGUUGCUGGAGAACGGUCCCAUUGGCAACUUUCGCCGGAUAUGCCUCUGUAUAGGUAUAAAUGUCAUGCAACAGUUUACCGGUUCGAAUAUGAUCAACUACCUCGCACCCGUGGUAUACCAGAACACGAUGGGCCUUUCGCGAAACCUUUCUUUAAUCCUCGGGGGAUGCACUUCGAUCACCUACAUGUUCGCUUCAUUCAUCCCUCUUUGGACCGUCGAUCGCUAUGGCCGCAGGCCUUUGCUCAUGAUAUCUGCUACUGGCCUCUCAACAUGUUUUAUCAUAGCCUCUGCCCUUCUGUCGACUGGAAGUAGAUCCGCGGCUUAUGGUGCCACAGCUAUGGUAUUCAUAUUCCAGAUAUUCCUAGGAAUUGGGUUCCUCCCUAUCCCAUGGCUUUAUCCAGCGGAGAUCAGCACCACUCGUAUUCGUGCUCGAGGAUCUGCGAUAUCAAGUUUCUUCAAUUGGAUGUGUGUCUUCGCUGUCGUUGAAAUGACACCACCUGCUAUCCAGAAUAUCAAUUGGCGUGUCUUCAUCAUCUUCGCGAUAUUCAACGCUUGCUGGGUUCCAGUUGUUUAUUUCUUCUUCCCUGAAACGCGGGGCCUAGAGUUGGAAGCUAUAGAUCAUAUCUUUGAGAAGGGAGGUAUCACCGGUGGGGUUUGGAGCAGCCGUGGACGCACAGUUGUAGGCAACCCUGUGGCCAAAGCGGUGAAAGCGGAGGCUGAAGUUGAUGUCAAAGAGGACGCGAUGAAGGAAGACGCAUAGGAACUUCGGCAGUUCCUUUCACGGGUGUCCCUUACUGCUCGGAGCUUUGGUAGAUGAUUUCUUUUUCUGUCAUGACAAAGUCUGCUCUUCACCAAUUUCUACGUGUCAUCUCAGUCACUGCGAACUCAUAAAGAAGGAUGGGCCGGUGCAUCUGAAAACUCUAAAUCCAGGGAUGAUUAGAAUGCUGUAUUGAGAUCGACAGAACAAUACAAGUGUUUUUCCCAUAUUCCGUA